UGCUUCUGGAUCUAUCAUCCGCAAGCAUUAUCCAGAACAAGUAUCCAAUGGGCGUCUUGAAGUCGUCCAGGUGAUGAACAUCCAGGACCCAAGCUCAUUUGAUACGGUUAUGCAAGGUGUGACACAUGUUGCGCACAUUGCUUCGCCUUUUGUUCUCCAAGUCGAGGACAUUGAAAGAGACCUGUUGAAACCUGCUAUCGAAGGCACGAGGGGUGUGCUGACAGCAGCACUGAAGCAACCUACAAUCAAGAGCAUCGUAGUCACGGGUUCUUUUGCUACAAUCGCCGAUGCAAAGGGCGGAUACCGCACGGGAUACACUUACACCAAUAAGGACUUCAAUCCAAUAACCUACGAGGAAGCCAAAGACCCCAACCUGGACAUGACGCAAUUUCCUGAGUUACACCGUCACUUUGCUCGAUACAUGGCUUCGAAGAGAUGUGCUGAGGCUGCGAUGUGGGAACUCUACGACAAGGAGAAGCCCUCAUGGACACUGAAUACUAUCAACACUGCCUGGGUCGGUGGACCGUACGUGCUACCGCUCCCCAGCAUUGCCAAGGCCAGUACCAGUACCGGCUUCUUGUACGGUCUUGCGACCGGAGCAGACAUCCCACCGCAGGAAUGGCCGACCUGGAUUGACGUCCGAGACGUGGCAAAGGCGCAUAUCAAUGCGCUCCAAAAGCCCAACCUGAACAAGACCAGAAUCUUGAUCGGCGGUCACAGGAUAGGAUAUGACCAGGUGCGGCAAGGAGAUCGAUGACUUACGUAUCGUUGACAUCUUUUAGAUUGCGGAGAUUGCCUCGAAGAUUCCGGGUGCGACGCCCUCGCAGACUAGAAACAACUUUGAUAUGGACAAAUUGUUCUACAUUGACAACUCUUCCGCAGAAUUGGUCGAUAUCAAGGAAUCUGAUCUUAUUCCUGUAGAGCAAACGGUUAUUGAGACGAUCAAGUACUUCCUGGACCUCGAAGGGAAGAGCAAGGCCUGAAUAGAAUGCGAAAGCGCUUGGUGAUUUUGAGGUUCCGGAGAACUGGUCAAUCACCCCGCAGCGAAUCCGCU